AUGCUCAAGAAAUCAUCAGUGCUUCCGCAAAUAAGGAAAAUGUCUCGAAGGAGAGCCGCUGCGAAGACAGUAGCUGCAAGCACUUCAUCAAAAGCCCCGGAGGAUGAUGAACCUCAGCCGGAGAAGGAAGCAAAGGUGGUAAAGUGGGAGCCGAAGAAUUGGCAAGAAACUCUUAAGAAUCUACGCGGCAUGAGGCAGGACUUCAAGGCUCCGGUCGACACCAUGGGAUGCAGUCGAUGCUGUGACGAUGCGGAGGACGAGAAGACCAAGAGAUUCUGUGCACUUGUCUCUCUCAUGCUCUCCAGCCAGACCAAGGACCAGGUUACAUACGAUGCGAUGAACAGACUGAGGAAGGAGGGACUGAAGCCGGAGAACCUCGUGAAGUGGGAGACUAGCAAACUGGAGCAACUCCUCGUCCCGGUGUCGUUCUACAGGAACAAGGCGAAGUUCCUAAAGCUGACAUCGCAGAUUCUGCUGGACAAGUAUGACGGUGACAUUCCCAGAACUGUGAAGGAGUUGAUUGCUCUGCCCGGAGUGGGUCCUAAGAUGGCUCAUCUCUGCAUGAAUGUCGCCUGGGGCGAAGUCUCAGGCAUUGGCGUCGACACGCACGUCCAUCGAAUCGUCAAUCGGCUCAAGUGGACGCAGAAGCCCACGAAGGAUCCGGAGAAAACCCGGAUUGCCCUCGAGGGAUGGCUUCCUUUUGAGCUGUGGGACGAAAUCAACCUGAUUCUGGUGGGAUUUGGGCAGACUAUCUGCACUCCGGUGGCCCCAAAAUGCGACUCCUGCGCCAACAAUGCAAUCUGUCCCUCGGCGAAUAUUAAGAAACCCAAAUCUAAGGGAAAGAAAUGAAUUUAAUCCUGAACUAAGGUGCAGUUUUUCCUAUAUCCUUGCCCAGGGAUAUUUUUGAAGACCUUAAAGACUGUUUUUUAACAGUGUAUCA